CUUUUGCGCCUCGCUAGCGACCUGUCGGGCCGUCCUGACGAUCCUGACGAUCGCAUCGCUGCGCUGCGCUGGUAGUUUUUGAGGAGCUUCGCAGCGCUGCGAUCUGUGGGCCUGACACUCAGCAGCGCUGGACGCGCCAACACGCUCUGCGGCGCAUCGCCGCCCGCGGGGCGCGAUAGACAUGAGAUUGCUGGUCGCGGCGCUCGUCUGCGCGGCGACCGCGGACGCGGCCGCCUCAAAAGCGUUUUGCCGAGCGGCUAAUGAUGGGAAUCUCGAAGCGGUGAAGAAGUCCAUUCGCGAUGGCGCCGACAUCGACUAUCGGUGCCCCACAUCAAUCGGGAAAGAGACCGCUCUGUUUAUCGCGUCGCAAAACGGGCACACGGAGGUCGUGCGGUUGCUAUUAGAGGCCGGGGCCGAUGCGAACAUCGUGGACCAUCAGGGCGGGACUCCUCUUUACAUUGCUGCUCAGGAAAAACAUGGCGAUGUGGUGCGGCUUCUGCUCGCGGAGGUCGAUCCCCGGGACUCGAUUUUAAAGCCAAGCGGUUCCGGCCCCCUCCACGUAGCAGCGUUCCAGGGUGGUACUGCAGCUUUAGAGACGUUGCUCGAAGACGGACGGCUGCCGAUUGACGGCCGUACAACAGAAGGCCAUACCCCAUUACAUCAAGCCGCCCAGGAAGGCCGGCUCAAGAUAAUUGAGGCACUGCUGCGCCACGGUGCCGACGCGACGAUCGCGUGGAAUGGAAUGACUCCAGCCGACGUCGCGUCGCAAAACGGCCACGACGAGGUCGCCGCCUUACUGAAGGAGGCCGAGGGAUGGACCCCCUCCGAAGCGUUCUGCGCCGCGGUCGAGGACGGCGAUGCCAAAGCGGUGGAGAAGUCCCUCAGCAAUGGCGUCGAUGUCGACUAUCCAUGCCUGACAACAACAGGGACGUUUGCCGCUGUACAUAUCGCGUCGUUCCAUGGGCACACGGAAGUCCUCAAGGUGGUACUCUCUUGGGGCGCCGAUGCGAACGUCGUGGACAGCCAGGGCCUCCAUCUUCUUUACAUAGCAGCCGAACGUGGCCACGGCGAGAUCGUGCAGCUCCUGUUGGAGGAUUCCGAAGUCAAUCCAUUCGACGCGACGUAUAAUCCGGGUGGCUUUACCGUGCUCCACAUAGCAGCCGAAAGAGGCAAUGUUGCAGUUUUAGAAGUUGUGCUGGAGGACGGUAGGCUUCCUAUGGACGGUCUUGACGAUGCAGGCAGAACUCCACUACAUUUUGCUGCACAAAAUGGUCAGCUCGGGGCGGUCGUGGCAUUAGUAGAACGCGGCGCGGACGUGUCAAUCGAGACGACUGAUGGUCGCGACGCCCUAUACGCAGCAGCCGAGCGUAACCACAGCGACAUCGUGCGGCUUCUACUAGAGUUAGUCGAUCCCCGUCAUUCGAUUGCGAAAGGCGGCUUCUCUUGUCUCCACGCAGCAGCGCAAGUAAACAGUACUGCAGCGUUGAGUGUGUUGCUCGACGACGGACGGCUUGCCAUAAAUGGCCUCUCGGACGAAGGUUGUACGCCAUUAUUUUAUGCCGCUCAAUUUGGGGCGCUUCGGGCUGUAAAAUCCCUCCUGCGCCACGGCGCCGACGCGUCGAUCGCGUGGGGCCCGGAUAGCUGGACUCCAGCCGACAUCGCGUCGGAAAAUGGCCAUCACGAGGUCGUCGCCUUAUUGGAGGGCCGCGUUCCCGCCUCCGAAGCGUUUUGCGACGCGGUUGCAGACGGCGAUAUUGAAGCGGCGCAGCUCUCGAUCAGCCAGGGUGUCGACGUCGACUACCCGUGCCUAGUAUUUGGACGGUCCAAAAGUUGGACGGAGACCGCUCUUUGCACUGCGUCGAGCAGAGGAGAUACGCAGAUGAUGGAGAUGCUCCUGAGGGCAGGCGCGGCCGUGAACUUGGCGGGACGGCGGAUGGGGGAAGGUGCGUACACAGCACUUAUUAUCGCCGCGGACUCCGGGAAGACGGAGGCCGUCCAGCUUCUUCUGCGCGAAAAUGCAAACGCUACGCUAGGAAGCUUAAACGGUACAGUGCGUGACCGGGAACCGUUGCACGUCGCUGCCUCUAAGGGUCAUCGGAGAGUCGUCGAAGUGCUACUCGAUGAGGGGAAGGUAGAUAUUAACAGACGCAGCGGUCGCCUAGGAAAUUCGCCUAUUUACUCCGCCGCCAGAGAAGGUCAUCUCGAAGUGACGCGAUUGCUACUACGCGGCCGUACGUCGCCUCGACGGCGUCGAUCGGGUUCUUCUUCUCCGCCGGCACGGCGCUGGCGAGCGUCUCGGCGGGCGCGACGCCGGCCCCGCGGGCUCCGACGAGCAAGAGUAUCGCGCAGGCGAGCCUCAUAAUCCACUGAUUACUGAAACUGCUGCAGGCUCUUGUUUUUCUCGCGAGCGCGUCGCGUCUCCGCGGGCUAACUAAUAAUUGUCGGCGUUGACUCGUGUGCUAAUACGUCGAAUUCUACCGCCCUCACAAACUCGCGCGGCUGGCGGCUGGGCGUCGAAAAAUUGGUGGAUAACAAUAACUAGCGGCCUGUAACACACUAGCAAGCAUAGCAAGCCCAACCAAAUCGAUCAUCAGGAAGAGCAGGACUCCAGGAGUUCAAUUCGGGCAGCCUUGCUCCAUCAUGGCGCGCCGUCCGAGGCGCACCUGUGCCAGCUAUGCCCAAAAGUACCACUCCGCCCCCGCCGGCACCAUGGCGCACUGCCUCCGCACACUGGCAGGGUUUCUGAGGCCGCCGCAGACGUACGCGCUCUGUCUGACGGCGAAGUCAUUCCACGUCAAGGAAAACGACGUCCCGCGCGCGACGCGGGCGCUGCGCGUGUCGCUGGAAAGCAGUCUCGCACGCGUACUCAAGGCACGCGGCGUCUCGCCGGAGGCCGUCGAUUUCAAGGCGCUGGUGGACGCGGACGGGCGGCCAGGCGCGCUGAUCGCCGGGUCGACGAUGGCGCAGUGCGUGCUGGGUACGGUGUGGACGGGUGAUGAGUACCCAGGCGCGAGACGCCGUGUCGAAAUGGACCCUGACUCUGAGUAUUACAAGGACAAGAUAGACGUUGAUAUCUUCACGACUGCCGCGGCGGCGCCCGGGGUGCGCUCGCGACUCUGCGGCAGGGGCCUGACGCUGUCGACGGUGCAAUGCGGUCCCAAUUGCAUGUAUCUCGACCUCGGCGCAGACCUCAUGGGAAAAGCGAUGGAGUGUCACGUCCUGUGCAUAAAUCAAAUUGUCGCAUCGCGUCGCAUUGUGAAGAAUUAUCGGUGCACGCGACUCACUGAUUGAUUUGCGCACAGGUCGCGUCCAUCACACGGAGGGCUACUCGCUGACGCCUGAAGAAGGCUAUUGUUUCGACGAAUAUGACUCUGAUGACUCUGACCGUGAAGAAUUUUCGCUAGCCGACGCGACCGCGUGGGCCUCGGGCGCGACUCGCGACAUGGACACACGCAACGCAUCCUUUGAUGGCCUUCAAUCAGAAGGGGCCUAUGGGUUCAUUGAAGAUUGGAACGCGCCGGAGUACCGCAUCCGAGCCGCGGCGGACACGGACGCCUUCUCUUACGACCGGCGGCUUGAUGAAGAAAAGAUCAUCGACCUCGUGAUCGCGAACACCAACGUGGCGGAUGCCCGGACCCUGCUCGCAUCAUGUGACCUCAACAUCUCAAAAGCAAGUUGGGACGGCCGCGUUUUUCGCAUCCCGGAUCCGCACCGCUCGUUCCGAAGCGAGACGCGCAUGGACCCACGGCGGCUCGAGCUGAUGAGCGCGUUCGCGGACAAGUUGCUGGAGAACCCACCUACGAGAAUACAUUUUGACAACCCACGAAAUUUAUAUACUUUGAAGGAAACGUGGGAUGCGAUAUGCCAUGUCUUCGAGACGCCGCGGGAAGGGCAGCCGAAGUGGAGCGCGGAAUUUACAUAUGAGCCAAGUGGCUAUUUACCCCCGCCGAGGAUGCACCACAACUGGUUCGCCAAACUAUUCCUCCGGCAGGAGAAAUACAAGGCGCGAGGCAUUCGUUUGCUCGACCUCCCCCCAAACUUCGCCACGGUCGUGGGGCGAAUCGAAAUUGACCUCGAUCACUACUAGAGGGAUAGUAAUUCUAUUUUUGUACUAGUAC